AUGUUUAACCGAAAUAGAAAAGACAUCUUCUACGCCGUUCGUGACAAGUUGCCAACUCCGCCACCUACUACCACUCCUUCCGAUAGACGCAAUUACAAUCUGUGGUGUGACUACCACAAAGAGCACGGCCAUACUCUGGCACAAUGUGGCGAACUCAAAUGUAUCCUCCACCAAUUGGCGGACGAAGGAAAGUUGUCCAGGUUCAUCAACCGAAAGGACUACGACGCUAGAAAGGAAGUAGAAAGAAGGCCAUGGAAUCCAAGACGUAGGUCCCCCAGAAGGGAUGAGGCCAGGCAUGAAAGUUCCAACACACAAGGAACUAUCAACUUAAUUUUCGGAGGAUACACAGAAGAAUUUCCUACCAUUCGAGCUGCCAAGGACAGCGUCCAUACUCUACUGAAAGGGCCACCAAAAACCGUAUCAAAAGGGCCGAUCAUGAGAUUCGACGCCACUACCUCUCAACCGCUGCAACAACCACACACAGAUCCUCUAGUGGUCACCCUCAAAGUCGGGCAAAUGAAGGUCAAGAGAGUGCUGGUAGACACCGGAAGCACGGCCGACUUCAUAACCAUGGAGUGCCUCAGAAAAAUGAAGUUCGAAGAAAAGCACUUGCAGCCUCUCGACAAACCAUUGAUUGGGUUUGGAGGUAGUCAGGUCAUUCCACUAGGCACGAUCAUUCUACCCGUAAGGGUGGGGGAAAGAGACAGAAGCAGGGCCAUGCCCGUACGAUUCACGGUAGUGGAUCUCACAUUCCCCUAUAACGCCAUCAUGGAGCUCCCGCUCAUCAACAAGAUAAAGGCCGCGAUCUUUCCUCAUCAGCUCCUGUUGCAAUUCGAACAGGAUGAUGGCCGGGUGGGCGUCCUUAAAGGAGACCAAGUAACAGCCCGACAAUGCCUCGUGAAUACCCUGAAGCGAGAAACAUCCGCCACUCCCUCCAAGAGAAAGAGGGAAGAAGAGUCUUCAGCCGUCAUGAGCGUAUACACGAACGGUCCCAAUAGCCACGAAAGGCCUCAUCCCGUGGAGCGAUAUGAGGAGACGGGAAUAUUUGACGGGAAGCAGAUCAAAAUCGAAAAAAAUCUUCCAGAUGCAAUCAAAAACGAGGUCGUGGCCACUAUUGCUGACUUCCGCGAUAUCUUCGCAUUUACCACGGAAGAGAUGCCUGGUAUACCAACAAGUGUCAUGUGCCACAGACUUGACAUAAAACCAGGUUACAAGCCCGUGAAGCAAAAGCUGCGCCAUCAAGGGAAGGAAAGAAUAGAUGCCGCCAAGACAGAGGUAGAGAAAUUACUGAAAGCUGGGUUCAUCCGGGAGUGCAAAUACUCAGAUUGGCUUUCCAACGUCGUCCUCGUAAAAAAGUCCAAUGGCAAGUGGAGGAUGUGCGUUGACUUCACGGAUUUAAACAAAGCAUGCCCCAAAGACGACUAUCCCCUCCCAAAGAUAGAUCAUUUGGUAGACUCCACCGCGGGCCACGCUCUACUGAGCUUCAUGGAUGCUAAUGCUGGUUACCAUCAGAUUCCCUUGGCCACAGAAGACCAGCCACACACAGCCUUCAUCACAAAUACUGGAGUGUAUUGUUAUAAAGUCAUGCCCUUUGGGUUGAAAAAUGCCGGAGCCACUUACCAAAGAAUGGUUAACAAAGUUUUCCAGUCCCAGAUCGGGCGAAACUUAGAAGUAUACGUGGAUGACAUGAUCACAAAAAGCAAACAGGCGUCCGGCCAUGCCGCGGACUUACGGGAAACUUUCAUGACCCUCCGAAAACACCAAAUGCGACUCAAUCCUGAGAAAUGCGUGUUUGGGGUCACUAGAGGGAAGUGUCUUGGGUUUCUAGUGGAUGAAAGAGGCAUUGAAGCAAACCCCGAAAAGAUUCGGGCAAUACAAGAUAUGAAAUCUGCCAGGUCCGUAAAAGAGGUACAGAAACUAACAGGGUGCUUAGCUGCCUUAGGGAGAUUUCUAUCCAAAUCCGAGGAUAAAUGCUCCCCUUUCUUCAAAACUCUUAAGCAGAGCAAAUUCGAAUGGACUACAGAAGCGGAAGAAUCUUUUAAUCAGUUAAAGGACCACCUAUCAUCACUGCUAAGAUUAGUCUCACCUAUCAACGGGGAAGGGCUUAUCUUAUAUGUUUCGGUCUCCGAAUAUUCCCUGUCAGGAGUGCUAAUCGCUGAAAGAGAGAAGCAGCAACUCCCCGUGUACUAUAUAAGCCACGCCUUCCGAGGCUCAGAGGGAAACUAUAGUGAAGUGGAGAAGGUCCUGUUCGCAGUCGUGAUGGCAAGUAGGAAAUUGAAACCAUACUUCCAAUCCCAUCAAAUCAUCGUGCGGAGCAAUCAACCAUUGAGAAAGAUUCUAGAAGGAAAGAAUAAAUCAAGUCGCGUUACUGAUUGGGCUAAUCAACUUGCGGAUUUCGGUAUUGAAUACGAACCUCGGACAGCAAUCAAAGCGCAAGCCCUGGCUGACUUCAUUGCUGAAAGUACUAUCCCCCAUCAUCCUGAAACCGAUCACGAAUGGAAGUUGUAUGUAGAUGGGUCCUCAACGCAAUCAGCAAGUGGGGCUGGUCUCCUCAUUGUGUCUUCCGCUGGGGUCCUUAUGGAAAGGGCGGUCAGAUUCGAGUUCGCGGCAUCUAACAAUGAGGCCGAAUACGAAGCAUUACUGAUGGGAUUGAAAAUCUGUUACGAGGCAGGAGCCAAAGUAUUGUCCGCAUUCUCUGACUCCCAACUAAUAGUUGGACAGGUUAAUGGGGAAUUUGAAGCCAAAGAUGACAGCAUGAAAAUGUACUUACAGCAAGUAAAAGGAUUUGUUCGAAAAUUCGACAAGUUCACGUUGAUCCACAUCCCGAGAUCCCAAAACGCACAGGCCGAUUCUCUGGCGAAACUCGCCAGCUCAGCAGAAACAUCCGCGGCUCGUGACAUCAUCUGGGAAGUGCUUCCAAAUCCCAGUAUUAACCACAUGGUCAACACCAUUGACAGGUCAGAAACGUGGAUGGAACCCUACAUCGAAUUUUUGCAAAACCAGACGCUUCCCCGGGACAAAAAUCAAGCAAAAGUGUUCCAGAAGAAGGCUAGAUGGUUCGAACUCCACGAGGGAACACUCUACAAAAAGUCAUACACUCAUCCCCUCUUAAAAUGUGUUCCCCUGAAGAAGGAAAUUACAUCCUUCGCGAGAUACGCGAAGGCGGAUGAGGUAUACAUCAGGGUGUACGAACUGUCAUUGGAAAAGUACUCAGAAGCGGAUAUUAUUGGCCUUCACUGCGGGAAGACGCGGAAAAAUUGA